AUGCCUGACAUAAGCGCUCCGCCGCCGCCGCCGCGACCCAAGUUGAAGCUCAAGGCAUCAUUCAGCGAACCAAACGGGGCGCCCGCGACGCCGUCAGUGUCGACUCCUCUCUCGACAACGAAGAUCAAGCUCAAACCCUCACAACCGCCAACGCCCGCCAGCACCGACACACCGAAACCUGUGAAGACGAAGGCAGGACGUCAACCGAAGCCAACGAGCAAGCUCAUCGAAUCGAAGAAGCGCGAACAAGACGAGAUCGACGACGAUGGCUUAAGCCGGUCGGCGAAGAAGAUUAAGCUCCUCAAAACGCCUACCGUGGCGACUCCAGGCAACCGUCACAUUGUGGUUAAGGCCAAAGGCAAACCACCAGUUCAUCCCCCCGGCGAUGGCUACGAUUCGGAGGCUAGCGACCAAGAGAAGGACCCCGUCAUCGAGGAACAGUUCAUCUUGCGUAUGAUGCCCGGCGAACACUGCGAAUAUGUCAGGAAAUGUAUAGAGGAAGGAAAGGUCGGUGUGGCACGAAAAGACGGCGGCGCGGAUAUUGCCAUCAAGUUUAUCGACGACGAAAGCCGACGCGCUUUGGUUAUCGUCAAAGGCCAGCAUUACGCGGCAGUUAUGGUGGAGUUGCCAACCAUCACAGAGGGCAUGAAGUCUUGGGACAGGAAAACCUUUAUGAAGUCGGCCGACAUUUGCCACAUGCUUCUUGUCUUUCAACAAGUCAAGAGUGAGGAUGAGGCGAGGAAGGUACCAUUACCGCCGAUGAUCCAACCCGGGUUCAAAUGGCCUCACGGUCUGACACCGCCCAUGCACGACGCUGCCAAUCAGAGAUUUGCAAAGGUCAUUAGUCGGUCGGAGAUCGAACUGAAGGAAAAUGAGGUUAAGAAGCUUUUAGCGGCUGACGCGGCUGCUGUAUCCUCCAAGUACGAACUCAUCGAUGAGAACAAACCCACGUACGAGGAGUACUCCGAAGACGAACAAGAUGCCGAUGGCGAGGCAGACGAUAGUGGUUACUUCCCGGCCGAGGGUUACGCUAACGGCGAACUGUUUGACGAUGACCUUGAAGCUGAGCUGGAGGCUGCCUUUGAGGAGGAGAUGAAUCAACCAACAACCGAAGUUGGAACGCCGGCAACACAGUUUGAGGCAGCUACGCCGAUGACGAUGAACACCGGUACGCCAGCGGCCAACGCGCAAGACAGUGGCGAUGGAGAGGAAUCCGCUGUGAGCGAAGAAGAUGAGGACGACGACGACGACGACGAUGAAGAUGACGACGACAGAGCCCGUCUGGAUGAAGUCAAGGCCGUCCGUGAAGAUAUUACACAACUCAAGAAUGAAAUCAGCAAGAAGGAGGCUGAGAUGGCUACAAUAAGCAACAAGAUCUUGCGUGGCCGCGUGGAGUCUCGCCUCAAGGACCUUAAGGCAGAGCUUCAUCUCAAGAUGACCUCUAUAGGAGAAGAGGAAGAGGAUGAGGACUAG